AGAGGCGUGAGGCGGACCUACCCUCUGGGGAAGCGGGCCGCUAGGCCUCGACCACGCCCAGGUAAUGCGGCCUUCCCAGCUUCGUGCCUUUGCGCACGCGUCGUGGCGCCAACUUCGCCACUAGGAGGCGCCGGGCCCUGUCCAGGCCCGCCGUGGGGAGGUGCGUGUGGAUGUGACGUCACUGCGCACGCUGCAUCUUGUUGCCGGGCAGCGAUGGCGGCUACCGUGGAGUCCUCGGUGGAGGACCCGCUGCGGAACUUUGUUCGAGUUUUGGAAAAGCGAGAUGGCACGGUGUUACGACUGCAGCAAUAUGGCUCCGGCGGCGUGGGCUGCGUUGUUUGGGACGCUGCCAUCGUCCUUUCUAAGUACCUGGAAACGCCCGGGUUUUCCGGCGAUGGGCCCCACGCUCUGAGCCGGCGGUCGGUGCUGGAGCUGGGCUCCGGCACCGGGGCCGUGGGGCUCAUGGCUGCUACUCUCGGGGCCGAUGUGGUGGUCACAGAUCUGGAGGAAUUGCAAGACUUGCUGAAGAUGAAUAUUAGUAUGAACAAGCAUCUUAUCACUGGUUCUGUUCAAGCCAAGGUACUGAAAUGGGGGGAAGCAGUAGAAGACUUUCCUUCUCCGCCAGACUACAUACUGAUGGCCGACUGCAUAUACUACGAAGAGUCUUUGGAGCCGUUGUUGAAAACUCUAAAAGAUCUUAGUGGAUUUGAGACUUGUAUUAUAUGUUGUUAUGAACAACGAACAAUGGGAAAAAAUCCAGAAAUUGAGAAAAAAUAUUUUGAGCUCCUACAGCUAGACUUUGACUUUGAAAAAAUUCCUUUGGAGAAACAUGAUGAAGAAUAUCGAAGCGAGGAUAUUCAUAUUUUAUACAUCAGAAAGAAAAAAUCGAAAUCUCCAUCGUGAAAUCUUUAGCCAUCUUACCCAAGCCUCUAACAACCUGGGUAAGCUAAAGAUGUGAAUGGAGCAUGUGAAUACAGCAUGGGAAGAUUGUGUUCACAGAUUUUUCCAGCAUGUCCAUAGAGAUUCAAUAUAUAACUGACAACCACCAUGGGCUGCCUGCAAUUUGAAAAAUGAUUACUGACUGCCUGCCUGCCAGUGGGCUUGAAAUCCAACUUAGUUUACUUUUAGCUCAGCAUCAAGUUCCACUUAAAAGAACAUUGUUUAUCAGUCACUCCUCAAAUGAAAAUAUAAGUGUUGAGGUUUGCCAAAAGCCUGCCAAAAAUAAACAAUGAAGUGGCAUGGUUGACUUGGCGUUAUUUUCAGAAAACUAGAGAUAAAUUGGUCCAAUUUCUAAAGAGUAAUAAUGUAAUGUAAUUCUGUUUAAGUUGCAACUAAUAAAAUUUAGUUGUCUAUAAGAUCGAUAAAUAUAAAGGUUGGUUUUUAUUUUAAUUAUGCAGUGGUUUUUGUCAUAUGUAUCUUCCACUCUAUUGCUAUUAUUAAGAUAGCUUUUGUAUUUAAAUGUUCUUUUACUUUAAAAAAAAAGAAAACCUGAAUAUACUGUUUUGUAUACUUACGUUAGCCAAAGUUUUAUUCUUUUCCUCCACUGUACUCAUCUAUGUGAGUUAGAUAGUAAAUUAUAUUGUAAUGAGUUGUAGGAAUGAAAGUAAGAAGUCAGGAGGGAGGAAGAGAUAUCUUUAUAAACUUUUUCAUUGGAGAAUAGAACAAUAAUAAAAAGUCCAGUUUUAGGCUUGUGCACUUAUAUGGCUCUUGCACUUUUCUUCAUGUAUAUCUUCCAUGAAAAUGUCUGAAAUCACUGGCGUUGUUCACAUGAAACAAAGAUUUUAAAAUAACUGCAAAUGUAUUGCUGUAUACAUUUACCAAGUGAUAAUUGAUUCUGUGUAUUUUCUGUUUUAUGUCAUGAUAAUCAGUUGCUCGCAGACUGGUCUAUCAAGGACUUCAGUCAUACCAAUUAUGAAGAGUAAUACUAACUGAAUAGAAUUCUGGUACUUGUGGUAUUGGUGCUAGGUGGCACAUUUUAUGUAUUAAAAUAAACAUUGUUUCUGAGA